AUGCACAGCGAGUUCAUAACUGCCGCAUUGUGCGAGGAGGAGGCGGCCAACUGGCUGACGAGAGCAGGACCCUACCUGGAUGCGAGGCACAUCUCCGCCUGCAGGGAAGGUCCCAUAACAAAGGUCACCUCCAGCCUCUGUUUUCUCCCCCAGGGACCCGCCUGGGGCUCCAAGGACAAGUGCUUCACCAAGAUGUACACAACGAGCGGGGAGUGCUGCAAAGCCUGCAACCUGGGAGAGGGGGUGGUGCAGCCCUGCGGGGUCAACCAGACCGUCUGCGAGCCCUGCCUGGACAGCGUCACCUACUCGGACACGGUGAGCGCUACGGAGCCGUGCAAGCCCUGCACGCAAUGUGUGGGGCUGCAGAGCAUGUCUGCGCCCUGCGUGGAGUCGGACGACGCCGUGUGCCGCUGCGCCUACGGCUAAUACCCAGACCAGCCGAGCGGGGGGCGCCAAGGGGUGUGCGAGGUGGGCUUCGGCCUCAUGUUCCCCUGCCAGGACUCGCAGGACACCGUCUGCGAGGAGUGUCCCGAGGGUACCUUCUCCAGCGAAGCCAACUUCGUGGACCCCUGCCUGCCCUGCACCACCUGCGAGGAGAACGAGGUGAUGGUGAAGGAGUGCACGGCCACCUCGGAUGCCGAAUGCAGAGACCUCCACCCUCGCUGGACAACACACGCGCCACCCCUGGUGGGCUCCGACAGCCCCGAGCCCGUCACCAGGGACCCCUUCAACACCGAGGUGAUGCCCAGCACCCUGGCGGACACCGUCACCACCGUCAUGGGCAGCUCGCAGCCCGUCGUGAGCCGCGGCACCGCCGACAACCUCAUCCCCGUCUACUGCUCCAUCCUGGCGGCCGUGGUGGUGGGGCUGGUGGCCUACAUCGCUUUCAAAAGGUGGAACAACUGCAAACAGAACAAGCAAGGGGCCAACAACCGCCCGGUCAACCAGACGCCUUCGCCGGAGGGGGAGAAGCUGCACAGUGACAGCGGCAUCUCGGUGGACAGCCAGAGCCUUCACGACCAGCAGCCACCCAGCCAGAGCACCCAGGGGCCAGCACCCAAGGGAGACGGGAACCUCUACGCCAACCUGCCGCCCAGCAAGCAGGAGGAGGUGGAGAAGCUGCUGGGCAGUUCGGCGGAGGAGACGUGGAGGCAGCUGGCCGGGGAGCUGGGCUAUAAAGAGGACCUCAUAGACUCCUUCACCCGGGAGGAAUCGCCCGCCCGGGCUCUCCUGGCCGACUGGUCCUCCAAGGAGACGGCCACCCUCGAUGCCCUGCUCGCCGCCCUGCGCAAGAUCCAGCGUGGGGACAUCGCCGAGAGCUUGUACAGCGAGUCCACCGCCACCUCCCCCGUCUGA